AUGUGUCGCAGUGGCAUUGGCAUACACAGUGAGCAUGAAGCAAUAUCUUGGGUCCUGGUCCAUGCUCCAUAUUCCUAUUUGAGGUUCAGCAUCAAUAGCCUGGCAUUUUGGGUCGGAUGUGGCACGACCCGCCACGCCCUGUGUGACUACUACCUGUCCGAGCAGAAGAAGGGGUUUGAAUAUGUGACGAUCAAGGACGACCGCGCUGUGAUUGGCUACCAGAUUGAGUUUGACGAGACCGGUCAAAUUCUCAGGCUCAAGCAACGGCGCAAUGCCGGUGGGGACGGCGGAGAGACAAACGCCACGCUCGCUGUUUUGGCUGCUUGUUUGACAUGUGACAUGAGCGUCGUCAACCCGCCAGCGGUGCUGCAGCGGCAGACGGCAGUUGCGUUGUGGCAAGGCAUAACCGCGACGCAGCCUGUACCGCCCCUGGGCAGUCGUUUAUGGUAUGCGAUCAUGGACCUGAUCUUCGCUCGGAGACCACCUGUACCUGUGAUCUCCAGAUGGUUGACAUGUGGUGCUGCUGCUCGUUUUGUCUUGCACGUGCCUCAACAUUCGUCAUCACUGCCAAUUUGUGAUCCAGGAACCAGCGUAAUCAGUAGUUAG